UGACCAACCAAUUACAUGGCUGGAAUUCAGGGACUUCUCGGUGGUGCAAUUAUUAGCUAGCUUCAGGGUACUCUGGUAAACUCUGAUCUGGGGAGGAACUAAAACUAUUAGAGAUCCAGGCAGUUUUUUUCCCUUGAGAAACGACCCACGGCACCACGAUAGAGUCUUCCACUUCUUUCUCAGCUACCUGCAGAAAAAUCUGGGAGAAUCAUCAGGUCAUGAACCCCAGAGCUCCAAAUGGGAUACUUCAUAGAAAAGAAAAAAUGGCAGCCCAGCUCUUCUCUAGGCUAUGGAGAGUCUCUGAUCCAACUCUGUUCCGAAUGACCUUGGUCGCUGCUCUCAUGGCUCCUGUUCUUGGAAGUUGUGGUCCCCCACCGAAUUUAUACUUUGCUUCUUUAACAACUGAGUUGAAUGGGACAUACUUCAACAGUGGAACUGUCCUGAAAUACACAUGCCGUCCUGGCUACAGUAAGGUUAAUUUUUUAAGUCCGUUUGUUACCUGUCAACGUAACACAUGGAGAUACAAUGAAUUCUGUGUCAAGAAACGAUGCAGAAACCCAGGAGAAUUAGAAAAUGGGAGAGUGAUAGCUAAGACAGAUCAUUUCUUUGGAUCACACAUAGAAUUCGUUUGUUCAGAAGGAUAUAUUUUAAUUGGCCCAGCCACUAGUAAUUGUGAGAUCCAAGAUAAAGGAGUUGAUUGGAGUGAUCCUCUCCCACUAUGUGUAAUUGCUAAAUGCAAGCCUCCUCCAGACAUCAGCAAUGGGAGGCACAAUGGUGGAGACGAAGAUUUCUACACAUAUGGCUCUUCUGUCACCUACAGUUGUGACCCCAACUUCUCAAUGAUAGGCAAAGCCUCCAUUUCUUGCACAGUGGAAAACAAGACAAUAGGUGUCUGGAACCCAAGUCCUCCUACUUGUAAAAAAAUCAUCUGUCCAAAACCAGAGGUUAAAAAUGGAAACGUAAUCUCUGGAUUUAGAACCAUCUAUACUUACAAAAACUCCAUGGUAUUUGACUGCGAGGAAGGUUUUAUUCUCAAAGGAAGCAGUUUAAUCCAUUGUGGAGAAAAUAAUGACUGGGAUCCUCCUCCUCCCAUCUGUGAGCUCAAUAGUUGUACUGACUUACCAAGCAUCCCAAAUGCCUACUGGGAAAGAUACAACAACCACGUGCCGACAAAAGAGCGAAUAUAUAAUAUUGGAACUGUGUUGAGAUACAGGUGUUAUACUGGUUAUGAACCUGCUUUGGAUGGGUCUACCACUGUGACUUGUCAGAGAAAUCUGACUUGGACCCCACACAUAGGAUGUAAGGAGAUGUGUUGCCCAAUACCAGACCUGGAGAAUGGUGAAAUCAUUUCAAAAAGCACUAGAUCUGUGAAUAGCUGUGUUUAUUUCUACAGAGACACAGUUUUUUAUAUGUGUUAUAAGAAAUAUCAGUUUGAAGCUAGGUGCCAAGAAGAUGGCACGUGGAAUCCCAAAACACCAACAUGUGAUGAGAAUUGUGAUUUUCCUCCUGAUGUUGCCCACGGACAUUAUGAAGAAGUUAAAGGAUUCCGUGUAUUCAUACAAAAUGAAGUGAUAUAUAAAUGUGACAAAGGAUACACUCUGGUUGGAGAGGCCAAACUCACUUGCAGUUCUUCACGUUGGACACCUGCAGUCCCUCAGUGUAAAGCUCUGUGUCCAAAACCAGAAAUAGCCCAUGCAAAGCUGUCCAUGGAUGAGGAUCAAUAUCUUCAAACUGCAAAUGUUACCAUCCAGUGUGACUCUGGCUAUAAAUUGGAUGGUCCCCAAAAUAUCACUUGCUUAGAGAACAGAACCUGGUACCCUGGGGUGCCCAAGUGCGAGUGGGUGGUCCCUGAAGGCUGUGAACAUGUCCACAAAGGCAGAAAGGUCAUGCAGUGUCUCCCCAACCCAGCAGAUGUGAAAAUGGCCAUGGAGCUGUAUAAAUUGUCUUUGGAGAUUGAACUACUGGAACUACAGAGAGACAAGGCAAAGAAAUAUACUAUGGAGUCAUCACUGUAAUUUCUCCCAAAAGAGGGAGAAAAAUGUGCCGCUUUCAAUACAAUACAGAUCACUUCAGCUUACCAACUCUGCUGUCCCCUUUGCACCAUCAUUCAUGGUAAUAAAUGUCUAGAAAGGAUAAUUUGUUCACAUUUAGUGCUUUGUGACUGUAGAAUUAUUGAUUAUCUUGUCGCUGAUGGUUUUGCUUUUCUGGACACAAAGUGUACAUUUUUUUUUUCAAGUAAAAAUGUAUGUAUCAA